AUGAACUGCUCCUCUUGCUGCGCCGCCGCCGUUCCGUCUCCUCCGGUGCUUCUCGCCAGGCCGCGUGGGGGUUUAGCUGCUAGCUGCUCCACGACAACAGAUCAGAAGGUGCUUUUCCUAGGCUCAAACCAGUUUCCACGGAUCACAUACAGCCCAGUAAGCCGCGCGUCAUCACGGUUGUCACGGAGAGAGGUAAUAGCUUUUGCUGGGCAACAACCUUGGGACCUCGGCAGGUUUUUCAAGACGUUGUACUUCUUCAACGGGCCUCCAAACCCUCUCAAGAUUGUAGAAUCUAUCAUCAGCAGUUUCACUGGACCUGCUUCUAGUGAAGCGCCGAAGAAAAUGGGCACAUUGGAUGUGGUGCUGGUUACGGGAGCCACUGGUGGUGUUGGGCGACGGGUGGUCGACAUCCUGCGGAAGAAGGGCAUACCUGUUCGAGUAUUGGCUAGAAAUGGAGACAAGGCAAGGAGCAUGUUGGGGCCGGAUGUACAUCUGAUCAUAGGGGAUGUUACAAAGGAAGAUACACUUGAUCCUAAGCUCUUCAAAGGGAUAAAAAAGGUAGUCAAUGCAGUCUCUGUCAUAGUGGGGCCAAAGGAAGGUGAUACACCAGACAGGCAGAAGUACAAACAAGGCAUCAAAUUUUUCGAACCUGAGAUCAAGGGACCUUCACCUGAAAUGGUUGAGUACAUCGGAAUGCAAAACUUGAUUAAUGCCAUAAAGAAUAGUGUUGGACUGAGUGAAGGGAAACUGCUAUUUGGGCUCAAAGGCAACUUAUCUGGAAAGAUUGUGUGGGGAGCUCUUGAUGACGUUGUAAUGGGUGGCGUUAGUGAAAGUACAUUCCAAAUCCUGCCAACAGGAAGUGAAAGUAGUGAACCAACUGGGUUGUUCAAAGGGACUGUAUCUACUUCAAAUAACGGUGGGUUUACUAGUAUAAGGACAAAGAAUUUUACUGUGCCAGAGGACCUGUCAGCAUAUGAUGGUAUUGAAUUACGAGUUAAAGGUGAUGGACGACGGUAUAAACUCAUUAUACGGACUAGCUAUGAAUGGGAUACUGUUGGCUAUACAGCAAGUUUUGACACAACUAAGGGGGAAUGGCAAAGUGUUAAAGUACCUUUCUCUUCUCUGAAACCUGUAUUCCGUGCUCGUACUAUGACUGAUGCUCCACCCUUCGAUGCAAGCAACAUUACUUCACUACAACUUAUGUUUAGCAAAUUUGAAUAUGACGGAAUACUCAACCCAACAUUUACUGAAGGUCCAUUUGAGCUUCCUUUUUCAAGUAUUAGAGCAUACAUAAACGAGCCGAUCACUCCAAGGGCAGAACUUAUUGUCAAUUAUCUUAGAGACAAAGCUAAUGGUGGUAAUUCUUAUGAUCAGGUCAAGAGCACUGUUCCAUUUAGCGAACCAUAUGUGAUUGACCCUUCAAAUCCCCCGUCUGAAAAGGACUAUGAAGUAUAUUUCAAAGAACUCAAAGAAGGCACCACAGGUAAAGAGGCAUUAGAGGCAACCCCUGCUCAAGUUUGA